CAAUUGUUGCCAAGUGGAGUUUGUACCGUUGGCUUGGACGAAUGGUGCAGAAACUUAUAAACGAUCCCUGGGGAAAGCAGUCCUAUACCGACACGAUAUUGGAGCCCCAACGUGAUCAGUCUCUGCUCAGAUUAUUGUUCUUAUAAUAGCAUUUGGCUUUGUAUUCGAAGUAACUUACGUGAGGGGUAUGGCACAGGCCAGAAUGCUACUGCAUCGUCAGUCAACACAUCCUGCGCACUGUCUACUGGCACUGCUGUUAAUCGGAGGGUUGUGUGCUGUUUCAGGCAACAGCAUAUGCGCCCCUGAAUCUGGACAUAUUUGGGCGGAAGAGCGAAGCACGUCAAAACCAAUCGUAUUUCCACCACCACCUAAGUCCACGGGGUCAACAGCCCCAGAUUUAAUGUGGACGUUCAACUUCAGCCACGAAUGCACGCUCUUCUUAGAGAAUAUAGAGUUUUCCUUCAAUGGUGCUUGCACAUUCCAACUUCAUAAUCCAGAAUACGGCUGGGUGGGACUGAAUACCACGUCCGUGCAAAUUUCAGGGUCGUUGAAAUCAACUACCAUCGAUGUGAAUGAACGCACCGCCACUGUGAUGGGUCAACCCAAGGACACAGAUGAUGGCAGUCGAUACUUUACAGUCACUGCCAAAGGUACUGAAAAUAUUGCAUGUGACGUUGAACGACUCGUGUUGCGCACUGAAGAUGUGGAUGAAUGCAAUUCCACGCCUCAAAGUGGUACACUGUGUCCAUCGAACAAGAAAUGUGUCAACACUAUUGGGACUUAUGGUUGUUGCAGUAGAGACGGAGAUCGUGAGGACCGGAAUACGUCGCCUUUAGCCAGGGAUAACCGACAUUACCGUCCGUGCGUUUCGCAGACCAUUGCAUUCAUCACAGGAGCAGGACCUACAAUCAGAGCUCGAACAAUCGGUAAGAAUGACAUAAUUGGGACAAUCGGUACGAAUAACACACAUGUAUCUAGCGCGGUUGCGCUGCCAACGAUGGACACCAUUGCGUUCUGGCACCAGCAUACCAUAGCUGCUGUUGCCAUAUCUUGCUCUUCCGUUGCACUGUUCGUAAUUGUGCUUUUAGCUAUAUGGCAGAGGGGUUAUCUUAGAAGCUCUGCCAUGGGAUUUGUCUAAACCGAUUCGUGAGGAUGGCCGUACCAGGGAUGCAUGUCCUAUAAGUAGAGGAAUUUGUGCAUAUUUCUUUCUCUUUCUCAGUCUGGGGACAGCACUGUUUCGUCCUUUAUGAACUCAUCAGCGCAGCAGGUCUUGUUUCUAUACAUUGGGGUGCUAUUUUUGUGUUGCUCUUGCUGUUUCGAAUCUUUAUUCUCACAAUAGCCAGUAGCCCAUAUGAGAUACAUGUAGCUGUUGUUUUUUUGAAUUUGAAUUCUUUAUUCUCACGAUGGCACCAUCACCAAUAAGAGUGGUUGUUGUUGUUGUUGUUGUUGCUGCUGCCAUUGAUAUUGUUGCGCUUUUCAUCGUCAUGCAUGUAAUUCACCCAGCCACCGGACAUUUACUGCCUUUUCGUUGUCUUUUUUGAAAUAGCUCUGACAGAUUUUGAAACCACCAUUGGUCUCGCUUGCUGGUACCAUGCAAUACUUAUUAUUAUCUAACUGCAAUGACGCUAAUUAUGUUCCUUAGCCGGUGGCCUGG